AUGCCAGAAGAACCAAAGCCAAAGGAAAAAUCGUUAUUUAUCGAAUUUACAGAAUCAACAACUCUUCAUGGAAUCCGACAUGUUUUUUGUGGCGACUCGAAACUUCGUCGCUUGAUAUGGUUUGUGUGUACCCUUGGAUCAACUGCAGUCUUUGUCACGUCCAGUGCAAAGCUGUUAAACUCUUAUAUCAGAGGAGAUAUUGCCACUCGAAUCACCGUCAAACAUCAAAAUAAUAUAAUGUUUCCCGCCGUCACUAUCUGCAAUUUCAAUCCACUACGGAAGAGUUACCUGAAACAACUAAACAUCUCAGAUCCUGAAAGAUUCGCUCGUAUUUUGCUCUAUGAAGCAGAGCCGAAUGAUGCUGACCGUAAGAAGUUUUUCUUAACCUAUGUUAAUGCAGAAGAAUUUUUUAGAAACGGAAGUCAUAAAAUAAAAGAAAUGCUGCUCAAUUGCACACUACAAGGAAGAAAAUGUUUACCAGAAGAUUUCCAACUGGUCGAUACAAAUAUGGGUUUCUGUUAUACGUCUAACUUUGAUAAAAGACUUGCAAAUUCUAGCAAGAUCUUCAAACCGGGAGAAAGGUAUGGUUUAUCUAUGACGCUAAACACUCAAAUUAAAGAGUAUACUCACAGACUUGCUCCAGCGAUUGGAUUCAAAAUUUUAGUCCAAGAGAAAAACGAGGUUCCACUCACCGACGUAAAUGGUUUUGCAACGAUGACAGGAGUGUCGACGUUUGUUGCAAUCCGGAAAAAUGCGGUGAAAUCAUUACCCUGUGAAAACAGACGAACUUUGGACAAAUCAUUGUAUACAAGAGCUAAGUGCUUUGAAGAUUGCAGAAGAAGAUAUAUUUUUAAAAGAUGUAAUUGCACCUAUCCCACAGGCAUGGGGCCUUACCAGUCGUGCACACUGGAAAAGCUGUUCACAUGUGUUGCCUACGAAGACGAACGAUUUGCUUCACUCGUGAAUAUGUGUUCAUGUCCACAACCUUGUGAACACGUCUUCUAUGGCACAACUCUAUCGUAUGGCAUCUACGAACCAGAAACGGUUUACAGCACCGAUCUCAUUGAAGCAUAUUUGGAAAAAAAUAGUUAUGUUCAAGUGAAAAUAUUCUUUGAAGACUUAAGUGUUACCGAAGUUAAAGAUAUGCGAAAAUACAGUUGGUCUGACCUGCUUGCUGCAGCUGGUGGGAUGCUGGGGUUAUUACUUGGAGCAAGUGUUUUAACCGUUGUGGAGUUCCUUGAACUCUUAAUAACACUUCUCGGAACAAGGUUCUCAAAAAACAAAGUCAGAGCCAUCAACAGUCGCUAAAAUCCAAUCAUACAUAUUCACGACAAAGAGAACAUUUUCGUAUGCAUUUUAUAUGGAACCAAUGCCAAUUGGAUUAGCAUGUGUUAAAGAUCUUUUAACACGAUCCAAUUUUGUUUGAUCCAACCAUCCAACUCACUUUUGAUGGAUGUUUUAUAAUCUGUUGUGUAAUGUACUGUAUAUGAGCAGCAAACCCACUGAAGCCAAUGCACUAUUGCUUCAUCAAUAAUUGCCAUUCAUUAUCCAGAUGACAUUUCAGGAUGCUUAUAGAUAGAGUUAUAACAGCCUCUAGAAGACCGAACUGCUAAAAACUCCCACGCCACUCUAGCUCCGUCCCGCUGCCGCAUCUUGGAUGUCCAUGCAUAAUAAAAAGCAUGCAGUAACUUAAUUUUAUUGCCCUAUACGAAAAUCAUCAUCCCUGCUUGUUUGCUGCCCCGCAUAGCCAUAGAGUACU